UCAUUUUCUGAAUACUCAAGACAUUUAUUUUAUUUCUAGGGUUCCAAGUUAAUAAAUGACCGACUUAUCCUGGAAUGGGACAUUCCUGCCAUGAAUGGAAUAAUUCAUAUUAUUGAGGGGCCUUUGAAAGCUCCACCUCCAUCAAUCUUGACCGUCUCUUCCCGCAAGACCCAGACAUCAAACACCACAGUCAUUUUCUCAGUUCUUCUUGUGUUUGUGUUGAUUUCGAUAGCUGGAGGGAUGAUCUACUGGUUGUUAAAACGCAGAAAUAACGGUUUCCAGUUUCAGUAUUUCAAGGAUAAUGAUGAAGAUGAAGCCGUGUCCUCUGGUACAAGAAAGAACCUGGCAAUGGUCUCAAUCCCAAAUCCCCUCUUUAGUGGCUUCAGUGUAUUUGCAGAUCCUUUUAAUGAAGCGGCAGAUGUCGACAACUCAGAAGCACAACACAUCCUUGAUUAACUGCCAUGAGAGCCAAUAGGAUGACCUUCCUGAUUGACAGUUUAUUGUCACCUUAUGCAAAUUCUCUGGAAUUUUGACACCUUAUUUGAAUUGAAGCAUACAUGGAGAGAGAAACAAUUCUCUGGUGUGUUGCAAAUAUUCUGUUCAGCUGGAGAGCAUCAGGCUGAAAUAGCAAGCACUACUUUAUAGACUUUAUGAUUCAUACUGUGAAUUUUUUUUCUGCAGAUGUUUUUAUUAUAAAGAAGUCAGAAUUACCCUAAAAGUAAAAAUAAAA